AUGUCAAGCAUUGCUUUGGGUACUGGAGACAUGGUGGUGAAUAGGUCAUCUCUCAGAGAACUUGCUGAAUGGACCUUACACUCUGGCGCCAGCCAGGUUCCCAGAUCCCCCUCCUGGUGGGUGGGCAGGCCUGGACACCUCUCUGACUCUGCCAGUCCUUGGCUAUCCCCUCCCCUGUCAUUACAGAUCCCUGCUGCCCAGGUGUCACUUGUCAUGUUUGGAGGGAGGGUGUCGGGGGCAGCUGCUGACCCCGUGGCUGGGUUCUUCAUCAGCAGAAGCAGGAGGACAGGGUCUGGACGACUCAUGCCCUGGGUCCUUGACGGGGGAAUGGCACCACCAAGCACCCGUGUCCUAGCCAGAGUCACAGCCCCCGUCCUGCUCCGGGCGCCCCAGUUCUUCCAGGUGCCCUACACGGCGCUCACCAUGCUGCUGACGCCCAGCCCCCGGGAGCGGGACUCGGCCACCGCCUACCGGAUGACCAUGGAGAUGGCGGGGACGCUGCUGGGAGCCGCGGCCCACGGGCUCAUCGUGUCCGGGGCCCACGGUCCCCACAGCUGCGAGGACGCCGAGUUCCCGGGGCCGGGCACCGUCUCCCCCCACGCGGUGAUGGUGCCUUUUGUAAUCCUGUUGGCUGCUGUGCCCACAGCCCCCGUGGCAUACAUCGUGGCCUUUGUGUCUGGCGUGAGCAUUGCUUUGUCCUUGCUGCUACCCUGGUCCAUGCUCCCAGACGUGGUGGAUGACUUCCAGCUGCAGCACCAGCACGGCCCCGGCAUAGAGACCAUCUUCUACUCGUCCUACGUCUUCUUCACUAAGCUCUCGGGCGCAGGGGCCCUGGGCAUCUCCACGCUCAGUCUUGAGUUUGCGGGGUAUGAGGCAGGAGCCUGCAAGCAAGCAGAGCAGGUGGUGGUGACCCUCAAGGUCCUCAUCGGUGCUGUGCCCACCUGCAUGAUCCUCACCGGUCUUUGCAUCCUCAUGGUGGGUCCUGGUCCAAAGGUGCCAAGCCAGGACUCCUCUCACCAGCUGAGCCUUCGAAGGAGGACCAGCUACAGCCUCGCUGCAAGUUAAAGCUUCGUGAGCCCAACAGCAGGAGCCCGCAUCGUCUGGGCUCGAAGUCCCCCUCUCUUCUCAGCCGUUUAGAACCCCCACUUCGCAGCGUGCACGUGACCUUUUCCCUGGGAUAUGGAGCCUUCAGUGACCUCUCCAGAAGGGACUGGGCCUGGGUUCCACCUGUCUUUUUCUUACCUGUUGACCACAGACCAUUUCAGAUAAACCUGUGCCCCUGACUACCUGGCUCCAGGUGACGUUUGACCUGGAAAGCAUCCCAAUAGCAGCUUGUCCUGAAAAAAAGGAAGCCUCGGCCAGCCUGGCCUGCAGACUCCCCAACAACCUGCUGCCUGACAGGACAGACACACAGACAGACCCUUUGUUCUUCCUGAUGCCACAGUGGACAUCUGAGAGACUGACAGACGUCACAUGAAUGGGCAGAGUGGGGACAGAUGGGCAGGCUGGGGGUGUUGUUAGGACAGACAGAUGCAGGGCGGCCAGCAGACCCCAGGGGGAGAGAAGGGGACAGCAGUGGGGAUGAGAAGGCGGAGCAGGGCACGGGGUGUUCUCGAACCUCUCUCUCUGUCAGGUUGAUGACUGUUCCCAGAGGUGGGCACAGACUGUCCAGCCACCAGAGAUGGAUCAUUUUCAUGAACAGUCGUUAUUUUUGUGGGAAUAUUUUUUUCUGAACUUUUAUAAAAAGUACAGGAACCACCAUUUUCUAGAAGCCGUAUCUUUGGAAACGAUCCACUGAGGUUUAUUUUUUUCAAAAAACAAAAAAACCACAUUAAAAGGUUUGUCUUCUACUGAGUCAGUAAAGUGUGAUGGUGGACGGCCCUCCAUCAUCCCUCGGCCCAGGGCUAGGCUCCCUUCCACUUCCUCUUCGGGCCUUUGGCGGCCUCUUAGGUGAGAGACCCCGUAGGCUGCCAGAACUCAGACUCACGCACAGAGAUGCUCGUCUGAGCUCGGUUUAAGCCUCUGGCUUCCUCCACAGAGAGGGAGCUGACCUCCCAGUGAGAGCGCAGAAUGUUAACAGUAUUACAUAUGUCCUUAUUUUCCCCCAUCGACCCCC